AUGAAACCAAUCGCAAAACUCUUGAGAACAGCUGAUAUUGAAGGAAAGAAUUGGAAGCAAGAACUGCAAAGGUUUCUACUGCAAUACCGUUCAACUCCUCAUCAAACUACUAAAGUCGCUCCGUGUGAACUACUUUUUAACAGACAAAUUCGGGGAUAUUUACCAGAACUCACAAGAAAAAAAGUAGUUAAUAGACACAAGAGGGCGAAGCAGAACUUGGAGCAGAAGAAAGAAGAGAACAAAGAGUACUACGACCGAAACAAAAGAACAAAGGAAGCUGGGAUCAAAAAGGGUGACAUCGUCAUUUGCAAACAGAAGAAGAACAAUAAGUUAACAUCAAAGUUUGACCCAGAACAUUAUACGGUAGUACAACGUAAGCACAACACCAUCAUAGCUAAAAGAGAUGGUAAGACGGUGACAAGAAACGUUUCACACUUUAAGAAGGUAGUAAUGGAGGAAAGCGAGGAGGAGCAGGAAAAUACAGCACCGGGAAGAUCGACGGAAACAGAGGAACCACCAAAGCAAGAACCAAGUGUAAGGAGAUCAACAAGAAUGAAAAGACCGGUAAUACGAUAUCAGUACCAGACUUGA